CUUCUCCUCUUCCGUUCUUUCUUCUAUCUCACUUAUCUAUCCGUUCCCCUAUUCAUCUUGCAUCGCCGCACUUGGACGCACAUCUUCAUCUCCCAUCGCCGACUUAUAAAACGCCGACUUCCACUAAGAUUUCAUACCCCGACGGUGGUUCCGGCCUCCAUUUUCCGAUUCGCCACUCGGUCUUCCUCAGGAUGCCAAACUCUGUACAGAUCCUAUUUUCUGGUUUCAGUGAGGUGCUUGAUCUUGAGAUUUCCGUGAAGUGAUUUGUCAAGAUAUUCUGCCAGUAGCCGGUUUGGAAAACUAGGGUUAAGUUAUUUCCUUGAAGUUGUUAGCUUGAGAGGAAGGUUGACUGAGGAUUCAAAAUGGAUGACGAGAUACAGAAGACACAGGAGGAGAGGAAGAAAAUGGAGCAGCAGCUUGCUUCUCUUACUGCUGUGACAUUUGAUACUGAUCUGUACAGUGGGGACCGGUUUGAGGGCUAUGAGAAGUCAAUACCAGUUAAUGAUGAGGAAGAUGCUCUUGAGAAUACCGAGAACGAGAUUGCCCGAAAGAUGGCCUCUUUCACGGCACCAAAACAGUUCCUGAAAGAGGCUCCGAGAGGUGGUGGGGAUGAGGACCAGAAUUUGGGGUUUAACAAACCGAGCAAGAUCAUCGAUAGGGAGGAUGAUUAUAGGAGGCGAAGGUUGAACCGUGUUAUAUCUCCUGAAAGGAAUGACCCUUUUUCGGACAAGACACCUGACCCAAAUGUGAGGACAUAUGCUGAUGUUUACAACGAGGAGUUUCUUAAAAGAAAGAAAGAAGAUUUGAUGAAUAAAAUUGAAAAGAAUAAGAGGGAAGAAGAAGAAGCAAAGGCAGCUGCUGAGAAGGAAAAUGGUGCAGAAAAGCCAUCAGCUCAGAAGAGGAGGAAUAGGUGGGAUCAGUCUCAGGAUGAAAACAGUGUGAAAGAGAAGAAGGCCAAGUCAGGUUCUGACUGGGAUCAGCCUGACUCGACCCCUGGGAUAGGCAGAUGGGAUGCAACCCCUACCCCUGGGAGGGUUGGUGAUGCCACACCCUCGGUGAGGCGGAAUAGGUGGGAUGAAACCCCUACACCUGGCCGUCUGGUUGAUUCAGAUGCCACCCCUUCAGCCGGUGGUGCCACUCCUGGUGCCACCCCUGCCGGAAUGACUUGGGAUUCUACUCCAAAAAUGUUGGGUCUUGCUACCCCUACACCCAAAAGACAGAGAUCAAGGUGGGAUGAAACUCCUGCAACAAUGGGUAGUGCAACGCCAAUGGAUGGUGCUACCCCAUCCGGGGCUUAUACUCCAGGUGUAACUCCUUUUGGGGGAAGUGAACUGGCCACUCCAACCCCUGGUGCAAUUAAUAUGCGUGGCCCUCUUACACCUGAACAAUAUAAUCUAAUGAGGUGGGAAAAGGACAUAGAAGAAAGAAACCGCCCUUUAACGGAUGAGGAGCUCGACUCAAUGUUUCCACAAGAGGGCUAUAAGAUAUUGGAACCCCCAGCUUCCUAUGUUCCAAUUAGAACCCCAGCCAGAAAGCUUCUUGCCACCCCGACCCCGAUCGGGACUCCCCUUUACAACAUUCCUGAGGAAAAUAGGGGCCAACAGUUUGACGUGCCGAAAGAAAUGCCUGGUGGGUUGCCACUUAUGAAACCUGAGGAUUACCAAUACUUUGGUGCAUUGUUGAAUGAGGAUGACGAGGAGGAGCUUUCUCCUGAUGAGCAGAAGGAACGUAAGAUUAUGAAACUACUGCUGAAGGUCAAGAAUGGGACACCCCCUCAGAGGAAAACGGCUUUGAGGCAACUGACUGAUAAGGCCAGGGAUUUUGGUGCGGGCCCGCUCUUCAACCGCAUUCUGCCACUGCUCAUGCAACCAACCUUAGAGGAUCAAGAGAGACACUUACUGGUCAAAGUCAUUGAUAGGGUGCUUUACAAGCUAGAUGAGUUGGUCCGUCCCUAUGUACACAAGAUUCUUGUGGUGAUUGAGCCUCUACUCAUUGAUGAAGAUUACUAUGCCCGUGUUGAAGGAAGGGAGAUCAUUUCGAACCUUAGCAAGGCAGCUGGUUUGGCUACCAUGAUUGCUGCCAUGCGCCCAGAUAUUGACAACAUUGAUGAAUACGUCAGGAACACUACAGCCAGAGCAUUUAGUGUUGUUGCCUCUGCACUUGGAAUUCCCGCCUUGCUGCCAUUUUUGAAAGCAGUUUGUCAGAGUAAGAAAUCUUGGCAGGCUCGUCACACAGGUAUCAAGAUUGUUCAACAGAUUGCAAUUUUAAUUGGCUGUGCUGUUCUUCCACACUUGAGGUCUUUAGUGGAAAUCAUAGAACAUGGAUUGAACGAUGAGAACCAGAAGGUUCGGACCAUCACAGCUCUUUCCCUGGCGGCUCUUGCCGAGGCUGCUGCACCAUAUGGCAUCGAGAGCUUCGAUUCUGUGUUGAAGCCCUUAUGGAAGGGUAUCAGAUCGCACCGUGGAAAAGUUUUGGCUGCAUUUUUGAAGGCAAUUGGUUUCAUCAUUCCUCUUAUGGACGCCGUUUAUGCCAGCUACUAUACCAAGGAGGUGAUGAUUAUUCUUAUCCGUGAAUUUCAAUCACCCGACGAGGAGAUGAAGAAAAUUGUGUUGAAAGUGGUGAAACAAUGUGUGAGCACAGAAGGCGUGGAGGCUGAUUAUAUCAGGACCGAUAUUCUUCCGGAGUUCUUCCGUAAUUUUUGGGUAAGAAGAAUGGCAUUGGACCGUCGUAACUACAGGCAGCUUGUGGAAACAACAGUAGAAAUUGCCAACAAGGUGGGUGUUGCAGAUAUAGUGGGGAGAGUUGUGGAAGAUCUAAAAGACGAGAGCGAACCAUAUAGAAGAAUGGUGAUGGAGACAAUUGAGAAGGUUGUUGAAAAUCUAGGUGCAUCUGACAUCGAUGCUCGUUUAGAAGAGCUUCUGAUUGAUGGAAUCCUUUAUGCGUUCCAAGAACAGACGAGUGAUGAUGCCAAUGUAAUGCUGAAUGGAUUUGGUGCUGUUGUCAAUUCCCUUGGACAGAAAGUGAAGCCCUACCUUCCCCAGAUUUGUGGUACCAUAAAGUGGCGCCUGAACAACAAGAGUGCCAAGGUGAGACAACAAGCUGCGGAUUUGAUUUCCAGGAUUGCAGUGGUCAUGAAACAGUGUGGGGAAGAACAGUUAAUGGGCCAUCUUGGUGUGGUGCUGUACGAGUAUUUGGGAGAAGAAUAUCCAGAGGUUCUUGGGUCCAUAUUGGGUGCCCUCAAGGCGAUUGUGAAUGUCAUUGGUAUGACUAAGAUGACACCUCCAAUCAAAGACUUGCUUCCACGAUUAACCCCUAUUUUGAAGAAUCGUCACGAGAAAGUCCAAGAGAACUGUAUCGAUCUGGUUGGGCGUAUUGCUGACCGUGGGGCUGAGUUUGUACCUGCAAGAGAAUGGAUGAGAAUCUGUUUUGAGCUUCUCGAGAUGCUUAAAGCCCAUAAAAAGGGUAUCCGGCGAGCAACAGUCAACACAUUCGGCUAUAUUGCCAAAGCAAUUGGUCCCCAAGACGUGCUUGCAACACUGUUGAACAACCUCAAGGUCCAGGAACGGCAAAACCGUGUCUGCACAACAGUGGCAAUUGCAAUUGUUGCAGAAACUUGCCUUCCCUUCACUGUCCUACCCGCACUGAUGAAUGAAUAUCGGGUCCAGGAGCUUAAUGUCCAGAACGGCGUGCUGAAAUCCCUUUCCUUCCUUUUCGAGUACAUUGGGGAGAUGGGGAAGGACUACAUAUAUGCAGUGACCCCCCUGCUGGAGGACGCUUUGAUGGAUCGCGAUUUGGUUCACAGACAAACAGCAGCUUCUGCAGUGAAGCACAUGGCAUUGGGGGUGGCCGGUCUUGGAUGUGAAGAUGCUCUGGUACACCUCUUGAAUUAUGUCUGGCCAAACAUCUUUGAAACUUCUCCGCACGUCAUCAAUGCAGUCAUGGAGGCCAUCGAAGGUAUGCGCGUGGCACUUGGUGCUGCUGUCAUCCUCAACUAUUGUCUGCAGGGACUGUUCCACCCGGCGCGCAAGGUUCGGGAGGUUUACUGGAAGAUUUAUAAUUCACUGUACAUUGGGGCCCAGGAUGCACUCGUCGCGGCUUACCCUCUUCUGGAGGAUGAGGGUAACAAUACAUACAGCAGGCCUGAAUUGACAAUGUUUGUCUGAACUUCCCAUCCUAUCCUCCUCCAGGUUUGUUAUGUUUCUUUGUUCUCAUGAAUGGAUCUCUUGGAUAAAGGGUCCUGACUAGUCAAAUCAGCAGAGUGACACUGUCUCUAUGUUUUAUGAUAUAUUACUGAUAAAGUUUUGUUCAGUCUGUUUUGUUUUAUGGUUAUGCUUAUUGAAGUUUCUUAUUGGUGUUUGUUGAACUUGUAAGGUGUAGGUCUUGUUUGGGAAUUUUGAUGGUGGAGAAUAAUUUUGAAAAUGCUAUGGCUAAACGCUUUUCUCCCAUAGCAAUGUUAAUGCGAAAUGGUGAAGUUAAUUCCCAAACGCACCUUAGUCUUAUAAAUAUCUUUGCCGACCACCAAUAGAUGAGCUGUGUUUGGGUGGAUUGCUUGAAGUGAUUUUGGAUCCAACCAAAGGACAGAGCGUUCAACCAAACAACCGCCCCAGCCAUUAGUCAAGUAGAUUUUCACCCGUGGGAUUUGGGUUGUUUC